AGACAUCACAGCAUCUCAGUGGCCAUUUUAUUUUCAUUAAAUGUGUUUAUUCGUAAAUGCAGGAUAAUAAUACGUCGGUUAAUUGCAUUUAUAAUGCCAAAUUAUUUAAAUUAUAUGUUUAAAUAAAAAAAGUGAUAGAUAAGAAUGAUUCAGUAUGAAGUGCAAGUGCGUUAUUGACGAACAUAACCUCUAGUGCUUUUCAGCUUCAUCUUUUAUUUUCGGCACAUUCGUCUAGAAAUUGAUAUUUAUUGAAGUAUAAUAAUAUAAUGAAGGAUUCGAUAGAAGUUACAGAUGAUAAUUCUUCUGUUAUGGAUUCAUCUAUCGACCCUGCAAGGCAUCGAUUUCCUUUUUGCAUUGUCUGGACUCCCAUUCCUAUCUUGACUUACAUUUUGCCAUUCAUUGGACACAUGGGAAUAGCAACGUCCACAGGGGUAAUUGUAGAUUUCGCCGGGCCUUAUCAUGUCUCGGAAGAUUCCAUGGGAUUUGGCUGGCCAACAAAAUAUUGGCAACUUAAUUACGCCAAAGCUAAGGGAGGAGUUCAAGGAUGGGAUACUGCAAUUGCCGAAGGCGCCGAAAUAUACAGAGGGAGAAUGCACAACUUAUUCUGGGACAAUUGUUACGCUCACGUCGCUAUGACGUUAAAGUUAAUGAAUUACAAUAACACGAGUAGAUGGAACAUGGUGAAAAUUGGGCUUCUUAUGACCGUUUAUGGAAAAUAUGUCAGUUUCGCUGAUUUCGUUAAAACUUGGGCACCUUUUACUCUCAUCACUCUUAUUAUUGUAAUGGUCUACCUCUUAACCUAAAUAAAACCAAAAAUACUUCAGUUAUAAUGAUCUUGCAACGGAUCGUUACCUGUAUCAAUGUAAGCUGCAAUCUUUAUAAGUUUUUUAUCUUAUACGUUGUAUUGAAGCAACUAUGCAUUUGUAAAUAUUAGAGUAUAUGUGUGCGUACAAUGUAAUUGAAUUAUUUGUACAUAUUGACGAUGUCUAUCCUUAAAAA